UUCCCCAAGAUGGCAGCGCCCUUGUCAGUGGAGGUGGAGUUCGGAGGCGGUGCAGAGCUCCUAUUUGACGGUGUAAAGAAGCAUCAGGUCACCUUGCCAGAACAGGAGGAGCCCUGGGACAUUCGGAAUCUUCUUGUCUGGAUCAAGAAGAAUUUGCUAAAAGAGCGGCCAGAAUUGUUCAUCCAAGGAGACACUGUGCGGCCAGGAAUUCUGGUGCUGAUUAACGAUGCCGACUGGGAACUGCUGGGUGAGCUGGACUACCAGCUUCAGGACCAGGACAGCAUCCUCUUCAUAUCCACACUGCAUGGCGGCUGAGGGCCCCUCUCUGUGCCUGCACACCCUUGGGGUGGCGAGAACAGAACAAUCAGACAUCCCCUUGGGCCCUGCUUCCAGAUCUCCCUGUCCCCCUUGGUUGCUUUCUUCCCUUCUCUAUCCCCUCAGCUCCCUCUGGGCAGGGAAAAGAGGCCAGGUGCUAAAAAUGAGCCUUUCUCAGGCACAUGAGCAGAGGAAAGCAGGCAGGCAGGCACCUGAGCCCAGCACUUCCUCUCCCAGCAGCUGAGGUGGGGGGAGUGGAGUGUGUCCCUUUGGUUUGUCAAGAGCGGAGGAGGGUUCUGUGGCCAGGUUACUCAGCUGCUUUAGGGACUAAGAACAGGUCCUGCUGCUUUCGGUUCUUUGUGUCUCAAUCUAAAUGUUGAGUUACUGCUGACAAGGUGCUCCAGCUCUCUGGGCCACAAUGUCUUCAUGGGAAAGAUGAGUGAACCUAAAUAGCCGUUGGGAGGUCCCUCCUUCUCAAAGAUUGAAGGAGUCUCUGCCUCAGUUUCCCCAUAUGGACAGCAGAGGGGUCUGCCUAUCCCCCACUGAUGUCAUUAUGGAACCCCAGCUGGGGUCCCCUAUUCACUGCUGACCCCCUCCCCACCCGGCAGCUGCUCUUCCAACCACCCUUCUCUCUACCCUUCUCCUCCUGCUACCCCCACCCCCAGCCCUUGACCCUGGCCAGCCUCCCCCCUUUCCCCCCCAGGCCACCAGAUGGGCUCCUGCAACCCUCCCCCAGCAAAAGGCUGUCUGCCGUUCAUGCUGCUGGGGCGGUGGGAGGGGGGCGAGUCUAAACCUUGGACUGGCAAAUAGAGGGUGGGGGUGGGUGGGUGGGAUUUCAAUAUGCCUCAGUUUCCUCUUUUACAACAAUAUGGAUAUUUAUAGUUAUAAAUCAGUUCAUCUGAAAGCAGGAGGUAUUCAAUGGCACAAAUAUAUCUCUUCCCACUUCCUUGUAGGAAGGAGGAUGAGGUUAGGCAGCACCUGGUAGCAGAGUGAUUUGUCCCCCUCCCUCCAUCCCUUCUGGAAGUCUUGGGGCCUCAGUGCCUGCAACAGCUGGCCUUGGGCAAAUAAAAGACUAAGUUGUUUACUAGCCUUUCUUGGAGCUUCAUCUUAGAAACACGGGUGGCAACCCCACAUCGCCCCAACCUCUCAGUCCUCAGCCUAGGACUCAGAGCUGCCCUUCAUCCAGAGAGGGGGCAUGGCUUGAAACCCAGACUCUCCAGGAGGGAUAUUCUGAUGGGGCGAUCUGGAAAAAGGGGUGGCAGAGCCAGUCUGUGCUGACCAGUCUGAGUCCCAGGACGCUUCUCCACCCAUCUGUCUGAGGCCAGGCUUUGUCCCACCAGCUGCAGCCAGUAGCCCCAGAACCCAGAAUGGGGGUGGCAUAGAUAAGACUGCUGAGCCCCCAGUUUCCUUCCCAUGACCUGGAGAAAAGAGCUUUGUUUGCUGGAAGAUGUCAGAAAAAAUAGGGCAUUACCAUCAUCCUGCUCAAAACAUUGCUUUUCACUAAAUAUCAAUAAUUUAAGGUGGAAUUUCUCUCACUAUGUGAAGAUGAGAUGCCAAAUUAUUUGUCCCAGCAGUGCUGGGGAGGGGGUGCACAUCAUUCUUAAGACAGAUGACCCCUUGGCUAGUGAGCUUCUCUCCAGCACUACUGUCACUGGAGGCCCUUUGGGGAUGUGUGUGUGGGUAGGGGCGGCCAUGUUGGGGUUAUGGGUAGGAGCUGGUUUGGGUAUGAAUUUGCCUAGUGUUAGGGUCCAGGUCCAGGUGCUGUCUGGAGAGGCUGUACAACCAGCCCUAACUAGAUGCUUGAAGCCAAGGUCUUCGUGUUAGGGGACAGAGUAGGGGAUUUGAAAUGGCCCUUUAUGGCCUUACUUUAGAGGGUCAGCUUGUCCCGAUUCUUGUAAGCUGAAAGUCCCUCCCUGCUUCCAGUCCUCCUGACCUGCCAGUGUGAUCCAUCAUCCCACCCGUGAUUCCUGGUUCUGAAAACCAGUUGCUAGGAUGCGUUUCCUCUCCUGCAUGCAAGGAUUGGGGGGAUGGGAUACAGGAUAUCCCUUCCCCCACUGCACCCCAAUUAAAAUUGAGGAGUAGGGCAAGAGAAGGCUCUGGGAAAACCGGCUUCUCCGUGCAGCAGGGAUUGUGCCAUCUCUGCACUGCAAUUGGCAAGGGUCAGUUCACUUCAUUUUGGCAGAGAGGGGUACGGACAGGUGACCCAUACUCAGCCCCAGCAACUCCCAAAUGCCCCCUGGGCAACUCCUGUCAAGUUGGCCCCCAAUUUUGAGGAAAUAAACGAAUAAAUAAACCCCAA